GGGACGAUAUAUAUAAAAGUGAAAUGAGAAGCACACGUUCAAUAUUAAGUAACAUUUUGGCUGUUCAGGAUUAAACUCUCAAUUCCAAAAGAGACACAAUAUUCUUUCAACAUGAACGCCAUUCUUGCCAUCCUUGCACUUUGCGUCGUUGCUGUCUUUGCCGAUUUCAAGGAAGAGUACGAUCAACACAGGGCCGUUUGUAUUACUGAAAGUGGAGUAAGUCCAGAUGCUGUGAAAAAUGCCAGGGAAGGAAAAAUUGAUGAGAACGAUAAUAAAUUGGCCUGCUUUUAUUCCUGUUUAUUGAAGAAGUUUGGCAUUAUGACCGCGGAAGGAACAAUUGAUGAAGAAGUUGCUCGCUCAAAAAUUCCGGCUUCGAUUCCAAAGGAGAAAGUUGACUUUGUUCUCACCAAGUGCAGUGGACUGAAGGGACAAAAUGAAUGCGCCACUGGAAUGAAAGUAAUGAAGUGCUAUUUGGAAAAUAAAACUUUCACCCUUGUUUAAACAAAGAUAUAUAUUUUUUUUUUAAUCUCAUCGUCUUUUGUAUACCUGCCAACAUUGUAUCAAAUCUAAAUAAAAAAAAAACUUUCUAAAAAAAUUAGAAACAAA